AUGUCCAGCGAUACCCAUCUGAAGAUCUCCGAUGAAGAUUUGGGAAGAGUUAUGGGAAUCAGUCGCUACCUUAACCUUUCGUUCACGGAAAAACAACUUCGUGCAAUUGUUGAGGCGAUAGACGCUGGAGCGAAUCCCACGGCACUGGUUGAGUGGCUGCGACAAGUCGAAAAAUCAAAAAGAGAAACUACCUCAGAGUCUCAGCCAACAGUUUGA